AUGAGUCCAAAAAUUGCAAUAAUCAUAGGUCUUCUAAUAAGGCUAGGAUUGAUUGCUUAUGCUGAGAUCUAGGAUAAAUAUUUCAAUCUCAAAUACACGGACAUAGAUUAUUCAGUAUCUAUAGAAGUAAUAUGUAGGUGUACUCUGAUGGAGCAUAAUAUGUGGUUGAUGGUGGUUCACCUUAUGAUAGACACACCUAUAGAUAUUCACCUAUUUUAGCUUACAUCCUAAUACCAAAUGUGUGGAUUUCAUCAUUUGGAAAGAUUCUGUUCAGUUUUGUAGAUAUGUUAGCAUGUGUUUUUAUGUAAAAAAUGGUCAAAUCUACAUUUCUAUUGAAUUUGUGGAUUUUCAACCCUCUGACAAUCUAAGUCUCGACUAGAGGGUCAUCGGAUACCUUAAUUGUGCUUUUAAUUUAUGUCAUGCUCUAUUUACUUAAGAAAGAGAAAUAUACAUGGGCUGCCCUUAUAUAUGGAUUUAUGGUUCAUUUGCGUAUAUAUCCAAUAAUAUAUGCAAUUCCAUUAUACUUCUUUAUAGAUUCUCAUCAGCCGGAAAGGAUGUAAGAUAAAUGAUAUAUUAAGUUAUUUGGGUGUAAUUAGUAAGAAUAAAGUGAAGUUUGCCUUGAUUUCAGGUGGAUUAUUCAUAGCCUUAUUGAUAUUUUUCCACUUUAUCUAUGAGGAUUUCCUUUUCCAAACAUAUCUAUAUCAUUUUACACGAAAGGACAAUAGACAUAAUUUUUCUCCCUAUUUCUACCAGAUAUAUUUAAGCUUUGAAUCCAUCACUAGGACCCAAGCAACAUUGACAUUCCUACCCUAAUUUUUGAUAGUAGUCUUGGCAGGCUUGAAAUACUAUAGAGACUUACCGUUUGCCAUGUUGAUUCAAACUCUUGGGUUUGUAGUGUUUAAUAAGGUGCAGACAGCCCAAUAUUUUGUGUGGUGGAUUGCAUUGAUUCCAUUGGCACUCCAACAUACCAAGAUGAAGAAUAAGGAGAUAUUGGUGUUGUCAGUUAUUUGGUUGAUUUUGGAAGUGCAAUGGAAUAUUGGAUCUUAUUAUCUUGAGAUACAGGGAUAGGAUGUAUUUACAAUGAUCUUUGUUUAAUGUGUUAUAUUCUUCUUGUCGAACACUUAUUUGAUGAUAAAAAUGAUUGAAAAUCGCAAGCCAAGUGAGUUUUAUAAGAUUAAAAUGGAUUGAAU